CGCCACAUUCGACGUCUGCCCUCUUCCUCCUUCCCUCUUCUUUCUAUUUUCACUCGCUCACCGUCUCACCAAACCCAAAACCCAAUGCCGGACGCAGACGCACCCUCCGCGUCCCAAACCUCUAUCUCCGCCGCGGGCCCCACCCACCACCUCCCUCUCCAAAUCCUCAGAUCCGACCCGACACCUCCUGCCCCGACCCGAUCCGACCCACCGGGAUCCACCAUCGACUGGCUCCCCGACUUUCUGGAAUUUUCAUGGGUCGCCUACGGAGCCUCAUCACUACUAGUGAUCUCCCACUUCCCCUCCCCACUCUCCGAUACAGAAACACUCAUCGGACCCAUUUUCCGGCAGGUAUUCGAGCUCUCCGGCGACCCCUCAUCGGCCGUCGAAGCUGUCUCUUGGUCCCCAGCCACGCCCUCGAUUGGCGAGCUUGCUGCCGCAGCUGAGAAUUGCGUUUGGGUGUUCUCGCAUGACUCGGCGACGUCCAAAGGUUCUUUUUGUUGGAGCCAGAAUGCAGUACUUGUACAGUCGACGAAGGUUAAGGCAAUCAGAUGGACGGGCUCAGGGGAUGGAAUUAUUUCCGGUGGAGUUGAGGUGGUUUUGUGGAAAAGAAAUGGCAGGUUUUGGGAAAUUGCUUGGAAGUUUAAAGCAGAGCUGCCACAAAGUAUGGUCACCGCAACUUGGUCUCUCGAUGGACCAUUUGCAACUGCAGCUUAUCAGAGUAAAUGGCAGACUGAAGGAUUGUCAACUAAUAAGGCUAGCAAAUGUGUGUUAGUAUGUCAAAGUGAUGGAAAAUCUGGAUUUUUGAAAUCCGAGCUACAUCAUCCUCAUGCUGUCUCAAUGAUUCAAUGGAGACCAUCUACCGGAAGGCAUUUAAACAGAGAUGCAAAACAUCCACCAAGGCAAUUGUUGCUCACUUGUAGCACAGAUGGAACUGUUAGGUUAUGGUGCGAGGUUGAUGAAGGAAGGGGAAGAAAAUUUGGUAAGGACAUGAAUGACCCCAAAACAAUGAGAUGGUCAUUUUCUGUAGCCGCUGUAAUAGAGAUAAACCAGGCUUUGAAUGGACUUCUGGGCACUGAUAUAUAUGUGAUGUGGGCUACAGAAAUUGGGGGUGUAUGUAAAACUAGUGAAGGAGCUAAACAAAUUUUCUCCACAAAAGGUUAUCUGCAGGACCAGGCUGGUAACUGCGAGUGGAUAAUUGGGUUUGGCCCCGGAAUGUUGGUAAAUUUGUGGGCUAUACACUGUCUUGACGAUGUCUCACCAGUAAGAUUUCCACGGGUUACUUUAUGGAAGACACAGAAACUGCAAGGUCUAAAAGUGGGACAUUCUAAUUGGACUGGACUUUCUAAUUGUAAAGAUGGAAUACCUCUUAAUAAAGUCGUUAUCUCAAGGAACUGCUUGUCUGGUCCACCAACAUUAUGCUCUUCGGUUCAUUUAUUACCUUGUAAUUCCUUGGUUUGGUCACAAAUACAUACUCAGAUGUCAAAUAAUAUAGAGGAUGCACCCGUUAAUAAAUCUGGUGUGGAGAACAUCUUAUCAUGUUCAGCUGGUGGACUCCUGAAUUUGGAUGGUCAUGCUGGAAGAAUCUUACAAGUAGAUGUGCAUCCUUAUAGCUGUGAAGUUGAAUUGGCUGUCUCUUUAGAUUCUUGUGGAUUACUUCUUUUUUGGUUCUUUUCUACCAUUUCCAACUGCAUCUUGGACCGCCCAACAUUAAUUCCAACAUGGGAGCUUUGUGGGAAGCUUGCGACUCAAGGUUCAUGCUCCAAAUAUACAAGCUUGAGGUGGGCACCAUCAAUCGGAAAUGAAGCAGUUAUUCUUCUUAUGGGACAUGCUGGAGGGAUUGAUUGCUUUGUUGUAAAAGUUCAUCACAAUGAGGAAGAAAGUAUAGAAUGUCACUACUUAUGUACAAUACCUUUUACAGGUCAUGGUCCUUUUGUGGAUGGUCCUGCUAGUAUCUUUUCAAUUCCUUUGCCUUCAACUUGUCCUAAAACCCUAAAAUCUAAUAAAUUUUUGCUUUUGGGUGUAUGGAUGAAUGGGUUUCAGGCUCUUUCUUGGGAAAUAACCUUGCAUUCUUUUGAUUUGUCAAGAAGCUACUGUGAGUGCAAUUUUGAUGCAGGAAAUGCGUCUGAAGGCAGUAUGUGGGGAUUUGAAACUACUUUUGCCGAUAAAAGAUAUUGUCUUAAUGUAAAACCUUGCUCAUCACAGAUCCCAGAUCCUCACAUAUAUGAUGAGGUUACAAGUUUUGCUGUGGUCUACCCGGGAAGAAAGAUAUCUAUGGAAAAGAAUUUGGCUUCUAUUAUUGAUCGAUGCUGUCCUCCAUAUAUUAUGGCUACAGGUUGCUCCGAUGGUAGCUUGAAAUUGUGGAGGAGUGACAUGGAUAAGCCAUCAACACCUCACAUUCCAUGGGAACUUGUGGGUAAGUUUCAGGCACAUCAAGGACCUAUUAGCCAUGUAUGCUUGUCUGACUGUGGUGGUAAGAUAGCAACCCUUUGGAAGGAGCUUUCUUCAAAUACUGUUAGCACUCUUCAUAUAUGGGACUCUGUACUCCUAGCAGGUGCAGGGUCUUUUAUGCUAGAAGGUACAAUAUCCUUUGGUCAAGAUCUUGUUGCUUUAAAUUGGCUAUCAUUUGGAAAUGGUCAGUUAUUACUUGGAGUUUGCACAAAAAAUCAGUUGCAAGUAUAUUCCCAGCAGCGUUACGGUGGCCAGACUUUAUUAAACUCUGAAAAAUCAUUGAAAACGGAUAUAUGGGUCUGCAUUGCGUCGACUCAUACCUUCCCUCCCAUUAAUGAUUUCUUUUGGGGCCCCAGAUUGUCAGCUGUGUUUGUUCAUAGUAGCUACUUUUGUGUAAAUAGUCAGUGGUUAUUCCUUGCAGAUAAGAAACAUCUUGUUAAUGUCGAUCCAAGUUACAUCAUGGAAAAUUGCUUGGAUUCUGUGGGUGGAAUGGAAGAGGACAUUAGUUCUGGAAUUUUCAUUGAUUGUGCACUUGGUCAAUUUAGUAAAAUAUUACUUGAUGACAACAGAGGAGAUUGCAAGUCUCGUAUUCCAUUGGAGAUUGAUUUGAAAAAGGAUUAUCUUUCUAGCAGCUUGUUUGUAGCAAGGGCUCAACUGAAGUGUAGUGGGGCUACUAAAGUAGGUAUAUGGACCAUGCAUGACGUGGUUGAGCAGUUAAGUGGAUCUCUGCCAGUUUAUCACCCAGAGGCUCUAUUUAUGAAUAUCUAUUCAGGAAAUUGGAAGCGUGCUUACAUUGCUCUGAGGCAUCUUAAUGAGUUUCUCUCUUCUAAUUCUUCUCCCGAGAGGAAGUUUAGCCCUGCAAAGUCUAGCCAUUGCAUUCCGCAGAUUCCUUUGUCAAAUUUCUUUGAUGCACAUAUCUCAAUAAAUUCAAAUGACAAAGGAUUUAAGUGGAAUGGUGAUGCAUCUGUAUUUACGUCAUCUUCUCCGUUUCAAAUAGGCUUUGGCCAAUCUACAUACGGCUUGGACUCUUAUGGUUCCAGUAAUAUGAUCAAUUCUUCCUCAACAAAAUCUGAACUCAAUGACUUUAUUGAGCCUUUUGAGAAGUUGUACAAGUCAGCAGCUAUAAGUGACAUAGAGAAGAUUCAAAUUCUUUCCAUUAUAGAUCUACUUACUGAAUUGUGUAGUUCAAACUCUAGUUCUGCAUAUGAAAGUCUUGACGAACCUGGACGGAGGUUUUGGGUUGGAUUGAGGUUUCAGCAACUACAUUUUUUCCGAAAGUCUGGUAGAUCGGCAUCCGUGGAAGAGUUGGUAAUUGACUCCAAGUUGAUUGGAUGGGCGUACCACUCUGAUUGCCAGGAGAAUUUAUUUGGGUCGUUUCUACCUAAUGAUCCAUCUUGGCAAGAAAUGCGGAAUUUGGGUGUAGGAUUUUGGUUUACAAAUACAGCACAGUUGCGUUCAAGGAUGGAGAAACUGGCAAGAUUGCAGUAUCUGAAAAGGAAAGAUCCUAAAGACUGUGCAUUGCUGUACAUUGCACUGAAUAGAAUUCAAGUUUUGUCUGGCCUUUUCAAAAUAAGCAGGGAUGAGAAGGAUAAGCCCCUUGUUGGAUUUCUUUCACGCAAUUUUCAGGAGGAGAAAAAUAAGGCAGCGGCUUUGAAGAAUGCAUAUGUCUUAAUGGGGAGACAUCAGCUGGAAUUAGCAAUUGCUUUCUUUCUGCUUGGAGGUGAUACUUCUUCUGCAGUCAAUAUUUGUGCAAAGAACCUUGCGGAUGAACAGCUUGCAUUAGUUAUCUGUCGACUAGCUGAGGGUCAUGGUGGGCCACUAGAGAGACACUUAAUUACGAAGUUCAUGCUACCAUCCGCAAUUGAGAAGGGCGACUGUUGGUUGGGAAGCCUUUUGGAGUGGGAGCUGGGAAAUUACUCUCAAUCUUUUACAUGCAUGCUUGGUUUCCAAAUAAAUUCUGCAACUGAAAAGUAUGCACUUUUGUCCAACGGUGCUCCUUUUUCAGACCCAAACGUUGGUCUGUAUUGUCUAAUGCUAGCAACCAAUAAUUGCAUGAAAAAUGCCGUUGGGGAGCAAAAUAGUGCAUUACUCGGAAGGUGGGCAAUAUUGACUACAGCUACUGCAUUAAACAGAUGCGGUCUUCCACUUGAAGCUUUGGAGUACCUUUCGUCUUCACCAAACAUUCCUGGGGAUACAGAUGAAAGGGGUACGUCAGAUCUUGGGCAUUCUGAAAAUCUGCGUGCAAUUCUAAAUCCUUCUCCCCGAAAUUCUAGCAAUUGGUUAUCGAGUAAUGUGGCUCUCCAUCUGGAGUUCCAAGCCAAAUCAGAUUUGACACUUCAAUACUUAUCAAAGUUGGUAAGAGAGCAUCCAAGCUGGGUGGAUAUCGUCUUUGGAUCUUUUCAAGAUAGUACAUGUGUAAGGGAGUGCAAAAAUCAGGAAUAUGUAAAAGUUCUUGAAUCUUUCCAACAGAAGUUAUACACAACACUAAAUCAGUUGGAGCAGAAGUUUUCAGUGGUUCCCUUCCAUCUUGUUAGCAUGAUUUUAAUCUCGCUGUACGAUUAUGGGCUGUGGUUUGUUGGAUAUGAUAUAUUACAUAGAUACACUGCUCAAAAUCAAGAUCUAGAUAAAAUCCAAACAGCUGACAAAUUCCUAUCAUAUGCUCUUAUGCAUAAGCCGCUUUUGAAGGCCACCAGAGAAACUUCCCUUUUGUUUUCACGCGUUAUUGUUGCCUGCGGUAUAACAUGCUCUGUUCUGAAGUCGCCUUAUAUUGAAGACAAAGUGUCUGGUGAUAGUAGAUCUACAGGGUCAGAUGCUUUGGAGUAUUACUUUCAAGGUCUUAUACUGUUAUUGAGGAGUUUAAGGGCUGCUUUGGGAACGACAUUUUGCUCCGUCACAGAAGAUCUCAUCAUGGAACCCCUUACAAUCAUUGAUUUGAUCGAGUAUUAUGUACAUCUUGCUUAUGCUUGGCGUCAUAGAAACUCAAAAGUUCUCUUACUAUUGGUGCAACCCCUUCUGAUCACAUUUACUAAUGGGCAUACACCUUAUGAAGUUGAUAUGAUGAAUAUGAAGAAACUCCUCACCCAGAUUCCAGAGGUGGCGGUUCAGAAUAAUGUGGGCCUUCAGGUUUCUCAAGAGAGAAAUAUGACGCAUUUGGUUCCAGAAGAUGAAAGAUGGCAAAUCAUAAGUGUUUGCUUAUGGCAACACAUAUCCAGAUUCAUGCAACAUAACUUAAACAUGUUGUCGUAUAACCUUGAUGAUGGCUGUUUUGCUGGUGAACCCCAUCGAAAAUAUUUUUCAUGGGCACCUAGCUCUGCAAGUUUAGAUUCUGAUAGCAGCAGUCUGAAAGAACUGAUUGGGCUGGUCUCAUUGAGCUUAGUAAAGUUAUUGAAGCCCACACUUUCACAGGUUGCCUCUUAUCAUGUAAAACAGCUAGCAUCACUUCUACAGCACAAAAUGGAUAAUGGGUUGCGCGUAACGACUCUUGUUUGGUUAGAAGAAUCUAACAAGUCUCAACCCGGAGCUCUCAAUGAGCAUCUAAAUCAGGAUAAUGUCAAAUUGGACACGAUAGGUGAAAGACUUGAAUCUGAUAUGUUAUGGGAUGCCUGUGCUGACCCUAAAAUAAUAUCCGAAAGUUUUGCCCAGGAAAAAGUAGACUUGUCUCACUCUCUUGAUCAUAAACCCUCUAAUGGAUGGGGUACCAUAAACAGGGGCAUUGGAGCUGCAGAUGAAACUGAGGAAAUUCACCAUCAUCAAGUUACACUCAAUAGUAGUUCUCCCAAUAGUGAAGCUGGAUCACCUGCUAAAAGUGUAUUUCGGGGUGGGCAUUCUUUCCUUGGUGCCUGGCAGAAAGACACAACCAUUACAAAGGAAGUCACACCUUUUCUAAACCCAAAGGAGAUAUAUAAGAGAAACGGGGAGCUUUUGGAGGCGUUGUGUCUCAACUCCAUUGACCAGAGUCAAGCUGCACUUGCAAGCAACCGAAAGGGGAUUAUAUUUUUUAAUUGGAAGAAUGAUAUGCCUUUCAGAGAUCAAUCAGAUUAUAUCUGGUCACUGGCUGAUUGGCCACCAAAUGGGUGGGCUGGUUCUCAGUCAACCCCUGCUCCAACAUGUGUUUCUCCUGGUGUUGGUCUUGGAAGCAAGAAAGGAGCACACCUUGGAUUGGGUGGAGCAACUGUUGGCGUGGGUUCUUUUGCAAGGCCGGGAAGAGAUUUGACAGGUGGUGGAGCAUUUGGGGUUCCAGGUUAUGCUGGUAUGGGGGCAUCUGGUUUAGGUUGGGAAACUCAAGAGGACUUUGAGGAGCUUGUUGACCCUCCAGCUACUGUGGAGAAUGCAAAUACGAGGGCUUUUUCAAGUCACCCAUCUAGACCUUUCUUCUUGGUUGGGUCUAGCAAUACACACAUCUACUUAUGGGAGUUUGGUAAGGACAAAACGACUGCAACUUAUGGAGUGCUGCCUGCUGCAAAUGUCCCUCCGCCUUAUGCUCUUGCAUCAAUAUCCGCUUUGCAGUUUGACCACUGUGGACACAGGUUUGCUACUGCGGCCUUAGAUGGAACUGUGUGCACGUGGCAGCUGGAGGUCGGAGGAAGGAGUAACAUUGGUCCCACGGAGUCAUCUCUAUGCUUUAACAGCCACGCAUCCGAUGUUGCUUAUGUCACUUCAAGUGGAUCAAUCAUUGCUGUGGCUGGAUAUAGCUCCAAUGGUGUUAAUGUGGUGAUAUGGGAUACAUUGGCUCCACCUACAACCUCACGAGCUUCUAUUCUUUGUCAUGAAGGUGGUGCACGCUCUCUUGCUGUCUUUGAUAAUGACAUAGGAAGUGGCUCUGUCUCCCCACUUAUUGUGACUGGUGGUAAGGGUGGUGAUGUCGGACUUCAUGAUUUCCGUUACAUUGCUACUGGAAGGAGUAAAAGGCAUAGGCAUUCGGAUAAAGGUGAACAAGUCAUCAAGACAUCACCGAAUAAUGAUACGCAUUCUGAAAAUGGUACCAAAUUUGGGGAACAAAAUCAAAAUGGGAUGCUUUGGUAUAUACCGAAGGCUCACUCAGGGAGUGUGACCAAGAUAUCCAUAAUCCCAAACACAAGUUUGUUCUUAACGGGAAGCAAAGAUGGAGAUGUUAAGCUUUGGGAUGCCAAGAAAGCUAAGUUGGUACAUCACUGGCCGAAGUUGCAUGAAAGGCACACAUUUUUGCAACCAAGCACUCGAGGCUUUGGCGGAGUAGUCCAGGCUGCUGUUACAGAUAUAAAAGUCGUUUCACACGGUUUUCUUUCGUGCGGUGGAGACGGCACUGUAAAGUUGGUUCAACUCAAAGACCACAUCUGAACUCAUGGACAAUAGGACUGACUGCAGAAAACACAAAAUUUUGCUUAACCGUCCACAAUUCAAAGUUGGUGAUUGGUGAAAACGAGAGAUACUUCCCACAUUGCUUGACUGUUGCUUGUCACUAGCAUAUACUGUAGUCGACUGGAGGAUGAAAUGACAAAGAGACGCUCCUGGAAUUUUUACACAUUUGGACAAGUGAAGGCAGUAUGAACUGUAUAACGUUUCUUGCUUGGAGGCGUCUUCCAGGACCAUACAAUAAGAAAAGAAAUCGGAUAGGAAGUUUAUUGGUUUUUCACCGUGAUCUUCGAGCAACGUUGUUCGGAAAGCCGGCAUGGUCGAGUGUCUUCCGUCGACUGCUCUGCCCUUCUCAUGGCAGUAUCUGUUUUCGAAUUACUUAAUGUGCAUUAUGUGCUGAAACAGAAAAAUUACCCCUUAUUUUUAUCUACUUGUAGUAUUUUGCAUUAACUCAAAACUGUUCCAAAAAGCUAUUAGGAGAGAAUGUAAAGUGAAUCAAUUUUUUACCAUUUUACGUUAUAUUUUACUGAAAGUUUUUUACUGCCA